GUUGCUUGGCUUCUACUCAUUACUCUGCCUUUUCCAUCAUCCUUCCUUCCUUUUUAGUCCCACUCCAACUGACCAAUUUUCCGGCAUUCCCCUGCCGGAAAACCAAGGCGGUCUCGGCAUUGCCUCUCCAGGGGAAGCUCACUGCUACCAACCAGAGAAUUCGAUCUGUUCUUACCGGAAACUUACAGCAGAAGCAUAGAAUUAUUCAUAUCUUUCUUCCGGGGGAACAGAGGAAAAACCAGGAAAGUCCCACCUUUCUCUUCCUAGAAAACCCACCAAAGAUCCACCUUCUCGUUGCCAAAUUCCCUACAAAAAACCCACAAACAUUCCAUUUUUCCUAGCCUGAAGAUCAUCUUUUCCCCAGUGAAGAUCCUCUGAAACCAGAUCCUUCUCUUUCAAGUAGCCUUAGUGGACUGCUUCUUAGGAAUUCCAGUUUUCUGAGGGAAAGGCUAUCAGAAUUACGAGAUCUUUCUCCUGCAUUUUUUUUUUCCUGGAAACCAUCUGAAGAAUUCAAUUUUCCUGGCACAUAUUUGACCGGAAAGGCAGGUGAUAGAUGAGCAUGUAUGGUAGGGACCCUUGGGGUGGCGCCCUGGAGAUCAACGCCGAUUCAGCGACCGACGAUGAUCGGAGCCGGAAUUUGCAGGAUUACGACCGUGGUGCUCUCUCCCGGCAGCUUGAUGAGACCCAGCAGAGCUGGCUCCUCGGCCCGACCGAGAAGAAGAAGAAGAAGUAUGUGGAUCUCGGGUGCAUGAUCGUCAGUAGGAAGCUGUUCGUUUGGACGGUGGGGACAAUCGUUGCCUGCGGUCUGCUAGCCGGACUGAUCACCCUCAUCGUGAAGACGGUGCCGCACCACCACCGUCCCGCGCCGCCGCCAGAUAAUUACACUCAGGCGCUCCACAAGGCGCUCAUGUUCUUCAAUGCUCAGAAAUCGGGGCCACUUCCUAAAGGAAACAAUGUGUCAUGGAGAGGAAACUCUGGAAUGAGGGAUGGCUUUUCCGAUGAUGCUUAUCGUAAAAGUCUGGUUGGCGGGUAUUAUGAUGCGGGAGAUGCAAUCAAGUUCAACUUUCCUCAGUCAUAUGCCUUGACCCUGUUGAGUUGGAGCGUAAUUGAGUACAGUGCGAAGUAUGAAGCUGCUGGUGAACUCAAUCAUAUUAAAGAGUUGAUCAAGUGGGGAACAGAUUAUCUUCUCAAGACUUUUAACUCCUCUGCAGAUACCAUAGAUGUGAUUGCUGCUCAGGUUGGUGUUGGAGACACCUCCAAGGGUCCUGAACCAAAUGAUCAUUACUGUUGGAUGAGGCCAGAAGACAUAAACUACCCGCGCCCCGUAUAUCAAUGUCAUAGCUGCUCUGAUCUUGCUGCAGAGAUGGCGUCCACAAUGGCGUCUGCAUCAAUUGUUUUUAAGGACAAUGCAGCAUACUCAAAGAAACUUGUUCAUGCUGCCACUGCAUUGUUCAAGUUCUCUAGAGAACAAAGGGGCAGAUACAGUCCUCCUGGCACUGAUCCAGCAAACUUUUAUAAUUCUAGUGGAUACUAUGAUGAGUAUGAGUGGGGUGCUGCAUGGAUGUACUAUGCAACUGGGAAUAUUUCCUACCUGAAACUGGCAACUACCCCUGGCAUUGCUAAACAUGCUGGAGCAUUUUGGGGGGGCCCUGAUUAUGGUGUAUUCAACUGGGAUAACAAACUUCCUGGUGCUCAGGUUUUGUUAAGCAGGUUGAGAUUGUUUCUGAGUCCUGGCUAUCCAUAUGAAGAAAUACUGCGGACGUUUCACAACCAGACCAACAUAGUUAUGUGUUCAUUUUUACCAGUUUUCACUAGCUUCAACCGGACUAAGGGAGGCUUAAUUCAGCUGAACCACGGAAGGCCACAACCUCUCCAACAUGUUGUCAAUGCAGCCUUCCUUGCUUCUGUUUACAGUGAUUAUCUUGACGCUGCAGAUACACCUGGUUGGUACUGUGGGCCUAAUUUCUUUACCACCGAUGUUCUCCGGGAUUUUGCAAGAACUCAGAUCGAUUACGUUCUUGGCAAGAACCCCAGGAAGAUGAGCUAUCUUGUUGGCUAUGGUGAUCAUUACCCUAAACACGUCCAUCAUCGUGCUGCAUCAAUACCCAAGGAUAGUACCCGGUACACCUGUAAAGGUGGAAGGAGAUGGCUUGACAGUCCAAAACCGGACCCUCACACGCUUGUUGGUGCCAUGGUUGGUGGACCCGACAAGAACGAUGGGUUCCAUGAUGUUCGCUCCAACUACAACUAUACAGAGCCUACUAUAGCGGGCAAUGCUGGGCUGGUUGCUGCAUUGAUCUCUCUGUCAAAGCACGAGAAUGCAAAUGGGAUUGACAAGAACACAAUAUUCUCUGCUGUUCCUCCCAUAACACCAAUGACACCACCACCUCCUGCAGCAUGGAAGCCAUGAGAAAAGUGCAGGAGACAAGACUUGAUGCUUAUCGAGCAUUCGAUCCUUAAUAUUUUUAGUCUCUUUGCAACCCUUGUGGGUUUGGAUGGUUGGCUUAGAACCCACAUCCAUUUUGUGGAAGCUCAAAGAGGUGGCUGGUGAAUAUUGCUUAUGGGAUACCUUUUUUGUACGUAUUAUUCUCUUUUUUGCUGCUUACUCUUCUGCUGAUGUAUUAAUGUUAUGUGGGUAGAUAGGAUUCUUUUGGAAUUGAAGAAACUACAUGGCUAUGAUGAGCAUGAAAGCCUGUACUCUGUGUGUGCGUGUGUGCAGACUGCAGAAGGGAUAUCCCUUCUGAAAUAAGAAAAUUGUAAGGCUAUAGUGAAAUACUGAAAACAAACUUCUGCUC